CCAAUCGGGGUUUCUGCCCUACCCCAUGUGCAUUAAUCCUAAGUUCGCGUGCUAGCGUAACACUACAUUUUCUCAUCUAGUGCUGAAAUAUUAAAAACUAUUCCUAUGAUGCAAUGUUUAAAUGCCGAAGCACGUAUCACGUAUGUACCUCGUCUAUGCUGUGAGGUCUACUCGUAAUGUGUAGCUCGUGUGUGAUGGAGGAUGGUAACUCUCGUUCCAUCUCAAACUUUCAAAGUUAAUCAAACUUUCGAGUAAGAGGGACUGAACGUUCGCGUACGCUUUCGAGAAGGAUAUUGCAUUUCAUCGAUACGAUAUCGUCGAUUGCAUUGCGCCGUGCAUUGUUCCUUACGACCAAUUCACUCAAGAAAACUUCGAUCGUUACAAGGUUCUCUCUUUCUUUUAUGCGCAUGGUAAACUAUUAAAAAACAAUGUAUUGGUUGAGUCUUCGCUGAUGUCGGAUAGUUGGAAAACAUUGAGAAACACGAAAGUAGAAAUCGUCUGAAUAUAUCGGAAUUAUUUCAAUCUCGUAUAUCUGACUAUAGUAAACGGUUAUGGUGUAUCUUUCGGGUGUGUGGGGCAUGGGAGAGACUAAACCACAGUGCCACGAUACAAACAGUUCGUCGUCCUUUCUGCAGGAAAAUGAUGAAGAAGUCGCGUUGUUGCCUUUCAAAAAUCAGGUCGGCGGACAUACCAGAUUGCUUUUGUUGAACCAGAAUACCAUUUGCAAACCAUUAAACUGCAGAGAGCUUGAUUUCUAUCGAAACAUUCCGCAAGACAUACGAAUCUUUGUUCCAACGUUUAAAGGUGUUAUCCAAGCAUCUAAUAGCGGCCAAGUUACUUUGGAUAAACGUUUUAGUCCUAGCUUCCGAGAUCAAGAUAAUAGACAAGGACAUGGUUCGACCAAAAGAAAACAAGAUGAUGUACUUAGAAUGAAAAUUCAUCGCGAUAACACCUAUGCUGGAAUACCAAAAUCAGGAAUGCAUUUAGACAACGCGGCAAACAGACAGUAUUUUCUUUUGUUGGAGAAUAUUACAUCUCGGUACACUCAUCCGUGUAUAUUGGACCUAAAAAUGGGAACCAGACAACACGGCGACGAUGCGUCUGCUGAGAAACGUAACACCCAAAUUGCAAAAUGUGCUGCCAGCACAUCUGCCUCUUUAGGUGUUCGAUUAUGUGGAAUGCAGGUUUAUCAAGCUGACACUAAUCAUUACGUGAAACAAGACAAAUAUUGGGGCAGGGAAUUGAACGAAGAAGGCUUCAAAGCAGCGUUGUAUCGUUUUUUUCACAACGGGUUUUGUUUACGAAAAUUGGUCAUCGAAAAAGUGGUGCCCCAAUUGGAACAGUUACGACGCGCGGUCGAAAGGCAAAGUAGCUAUCGAUUUUAUUCGUGUUCGUUACUAGUCGUGUACGAAGGAUAUCAAACGGACAAUUUUUCGGGGCUGGAUCACUCGCCGACUGGUUUACCAGUAGAAGAAGAAUCGACCGAUUCUAGUUAUGUCGAUCAAGUUGCUCAUAGUUCGGAAGCGUGCUAUGACGCUGACACGAGUAACAGUUCCACGGAUUACAAUGUUUCGAUUCAAGAGGAAAUCAGUCAAGCAGCUUUGCACAGAGGAUUUGGUGAAGCAGCAGCUAGAGGGGCAAAAAAUACUGCUAGUUUUUACCCUCCAAGCAAGAAGACUGUUUUCGUCGAAUCUAGUGACAACUUGAUCGACACAGUGCUUCAAUCUCCCAUAUACGAACAAUGGAUGCUUUAUGACACCUCGAACGACGAGUUUUGUUUUGGACAAAGUUCGGAUAACGCGGAGGAAACUAGUUCCGACACGGAACUUAGAUCGGAUAACGGACCGAAAAGACAAAGGCACGCACAUCGACUGCUUCGUCUGUACGAGGACGAGGAAAGAAUAGAGGAACAAGUCGAGUGCACCAAUAUCAUGUCGAACAGGUAUACAUCGUGUUCGUAUCGCUCGAAGAUUAAACAAAAAUCUCAGGAAGCACGCGUCGAUGUAAAAAUGAUCGAUUUCGCGCAUACAACUUUUCUGCACGGUUCGACCCUACCUUGCAAUUCAACUUCCAUGGUGCACCAAGGCCCGGAUUGUGGUUUUUUAACAGGUCUCGAUAGUUUAAGACGGCUUUUGCUUGAAAUUCUAACCGAAGGUUGAACAGAAAAAUCCCCGAUAUAUGUAUUUACAGCAAACGGCAUUCAACAUUCUAUUGGCGGCCUGGCCAAACAAAAUUACACCAACUUGCGUUCGAACGUAGACAUAGAAUACUCUUCCGUUCGUGCAAAGGACACUCACGAGUCGCGACGCGAUUCCUUCUCAUGGUAACGAUCAAUCUGUACAUAAAAAAUAACUGUUACCGUAUAAUUUUAUGUUGUCGAGUAUCAUAAGUUAUGUGGAACUUAUAUUUAAGAUGAUAUCGUGUACGCUCUAUACACGAAUCGUGUAUUGUAUUACGAUUUCGAAUGUAAAGAAAUAAUAUAACAAA